CCAACAUUUCAAUGUGCAAUGGAUUCAGUUUGGUUUCGCAAUCUGGAUAACUUUAUGUUAUAGUCACUGACAUUUACAACAUGGCGUUUUUUAAGAGCAAUGGAUUUAGUUUUGCAAAAGCAAUAAUUUUUCUGAGUGGAAUGGCAUUUGUGUACUUAGGUUCUUUAUCAUUACACAAUCAAUUUGGCAAUGAAAUUGGGGGCAAGGCGGAUCAAACUGACCCAAAGAAACUACAGCAAGUGGAUGAUUUUGAAUUCAUGGAUGACCCAAAAUUCAAAGACAGAUCAUUGGAUAGUGAAGCUGAAGAUACACCGGGGCAUUCCAAGAUAGCAGAACAAGUUAACGCGAAUAAAUUAAAGGUGAUUAUUCUUGGUUACAAACGAGGUGGUACCUCAUUUUUUGGGGACCUCUUGCACCGUUAUCCGAACACACAGUACUUGUUUGAGCCUCUGAUUGGUAUCUAUGGGCACAUGUACAUGGGGAAAGUCGCUACUCCGUGGGCAAUUCGCAUACAUAGCAAUGGAACAAUAAGGGCAAUACCAGAGUAUGAGGAAGCAUAUGCAAUAACCCAACUCCAUCAUUUGUUCAACUGUAACUACCAGAAAAUCCACCCGCAUGUAUACACCACAAAUGGACCGCCUAUUAUCAAAGGUUUAGAUCUUGCUAAAUGUAUUUCUAAGGAUACCAACGAUACUCGCUUCACGGAAUGUGGUCGAAAUGUGUUGAUCAAUGAAAUACCAAACUACUGCAUCAAUCCUGACGUUUUACCAAAAGAUCGGGACAAAAAUCCGUAUGGUUUGAGAUUCGAAAUAUUAAGAAGAUUUAGAAAUUUUAACGACCUUCUUAGCUUGAGAGAAGGAGUAUGGGAAUGUAGAGACCAUUUACAAAAACAAUGCCAAAGUAGCAGUGCUGUUGUCAUUAAACUUAUCAGAUCAAGAAUGUCGACAGCUAUCAAGUUACUGAAGAGAGACCCUGAUAUUAAAAUCAUUCAUUUAAUACGUGACCCUAGGGGUAUACAAGAUUCACGUAGGAGAAUAACACCAGGGUAUGGAUUCAUUGGACUGGUGAAUAUAAGUGAAUCAGUUGGACUACUUUGUAAACUUAUGCUAAAUGAUUCAAUGACAGUUAAAAUACAACCUACAAAUAUAAAGAAAAGAAUACUCCAGAUCAGGUAUGAAGACAUACUUCUCAAUAGAAAUACCUCACUUCAGACAAUCAGUGACUUUCUAGGAAAAGAUGACUGGUCACCCUUGGCAACGUGGAUGGACCGAAUAGAUUGUAGAACAUACAAAGAUGGCAAGAAAAUAUGUACAAAAGGAAGUGAUUCGAUGAACAAAUGGCGUUUCAAUCUUGAUACAAUUGAUCAAAUUGAAAUGGCAAAUACAUGUGCAGAAGCACUGAAAUAUUUUGGAUACCCGAAAACUUAGGAAAAGACAUGGACAGAAGCACUGAAAUAUUUUGGAUACCCAAAAGAUUUAGGAAAUGACAAUAACAAGUUAAACAGAUGCUACGAGUUAACACAAAAUGGAUGUGCAUACAACUUAACAUUGGUUUUAAUCUGUAACACCAAUGUUGGUGGAAUGUUAGAGAGGUGAACGAGACAGACAGACAAUGGUUGGAUGGAUGCCUACCAACCAUAAAGUUUCAGUGUGUGUGUGUGCCAAAAUAAUAAUAUAAGGGUUAAUUAAAUCACACAAUAUGUCACCACCUGCCAUUUUUUA